UGUAUUGAUGUGGUGGAGGAUUCUGUUGAGAUCUCGGUUGGCGAAUCAGGCGCCAGAGUUCGUCACGCGGACGAACGCGACUUUGCCUACGAGAUAUCCGGUCAGUUCACCGGCUACCUCACUGAAUAGUCGGUUAUCCCCUCGAGCUGUAGUCUCGUGUUUUCCUUUGAGAGUAUAUGCACAAAACGAGUGGGGACAACUUCAAAAUGCCAGACGCCACAUUAUACUCGCUGCUGCCGCACCGACGAGCCAUCCGCUUAUUGCGCAUCAAAUCGGGAACGGGCGAAGAAGGCAUUCAGAUCACUCUCGAAACUUUCAACCUCGACUCAAAAACGCAAUUCACUGCGCUCUCAUAUGUCUGGGGCGAUACAACAUCGCCAUGCGAGAUCAUAUGCAAUGGGCAUACAAAGUCGAUUACACGCAAUCUCUUGGGUGUCUUAUCACAACUACAGAAACAGCAGUUUAAUUGCCUACUGUGGGUAGACGCCAUCUGCAUCAACCAAAGGGACGAAGAAGAGAAGAGCUUCCAAGUGGCUAUGAUGAGAGACAUCUACAAGCGCGCCGCAAAGGUCAUAUUCUGGCUCGGACAACAGGAACUUUACGAUGAAGAUGCGAUUAAUCUGAUGAGAAGCUUUUCCCAAAGGUUUCCGCAUCGGCUGGAUUUGGAACGGCACAGAUUGAAGACUCUGGAAGAGAUGAAUCUUUCUUCCUUUGAUCGCGGUUGGGCCGGAUGGGCCUCUCUUUUUUGUCGCCCAUGGUUUGGGCGUGUUUGGAUUGUACAAGAGUUUUCGAACGCGACGAAAUCCGUUUUUAUGUCCGGUGCACUGGAGAUUCCAACUGAACUCCUAUUGCAUUGCGGAUUCGCCACAGAAGUGUGCGUUGCGAUUCGAGAAGUUGUGUGUCGCGAAAGAGAUGUUCGCGAUACCGGAAAAGCGAUCUUGAGACUUUUUGCUUUGGGAGUGGGUCAGUUUGGCCGUGAAAUGGGAGUGGGUGGUGGUCCUCGAAUUUUCGAUAUAUGGUGCAGGAGCCAACAACUUGAAGCCACAGAUCCUCGAGACCGAGUUUUUGCACUCUUGUCGACACAAACAGCAGUUGGAAUGGAAAUGAUCAAUUACCGCAAGAGCGAGGCAACAGUAUUCACAGAGAUUGCAGCGACGGCUCUCAACAUACUAGUUCCUAGGAUAACGUGGAUUGGAAGUGUCUUCCAUCCGUCGCAGCUCCAAGUUGAGCGGAACAAUCUGCACAGAGUCAGCAGAUUUUUAGCUUGCAAAUUCUGCUCCCCAGGAUCAUCAGAUCUACCGAGCUGGGUGCCGGACUGGAAGCCUAUCGGAUUCAACUUCGUCCCCUUGACGCGCUACUACACAGGCACUACAACUUUUACACAUCCUUAUGAUCAUGCUAUUGUCAAAGAAAAAGUGUUGUACAUAUCAGGGACAAUCUUGGACGAGCCUACUGUGAUCAUCAAUUCAAAGCCAUAUAUGGAUCCGACUUGGCCGGCAAUGCUCGGAACUGACACAAAAACCCGGAAGUCAGCCAGAGAUAUGAUGAAUUGGAUAUCUAUGUGUUAUGUAGUAGCUAUGUCGAUUCUUCUGCCCUCAGCUGAGGACGUCCGCUUUGAAAGGCUUUGCCGUGCGAUGGCAUUUGGUGUACGUCUCGAAGAAACGGAUAUAUUGGCUAGUCACUACAUGAAGGGACUUCAGGCAUUAUUCAGUGCGUAUGAAAGCUUAGCAGGACAGGCACACUAUCACCCCAGCCUCCUGCGAAGUUACAGUGAACCGGGCUCUCAUAACAAGAUGUACGAAAGCGGAUUCUAUGAGCUAUCAGCUGGCCGGAAAUUCAGCGUUACAAAGCAAAAGUAUCUGGCCUGGGUACCCGUGGACACAAGGCCGACUGAUCGCAUAUGUUUUCUUGCGGGGUGUGCUGUUCCAUUUGUGGUAAGACCUGUUGACCAACAUUAUGAACUAGUAGGAGACUGUUGUAGGGAAGAUCUGGUACUGGAUGCAGGCCGUAAGAUCCGUCAGAAGCCGCAAUUGUUCGAAUUCCGCUGACCAGGAGCGAACACUUGAAGAACAAUACGCUUUUUUCUUUAUGACACAUUGCCUCAUGUGGGCAUCCUUGACAAGAAUUCUGAGGUCGGUAGACUGGAACGGCACA